UUUUUUUUUUUAUUUUUGUUCGAAGAGAUAAUCACGAGAGGAUAGAGAAAAAAAGGAAAAAAAAAAAAAAAUAGAAAGGAUCUCCUUCCGUCUUUACGAUCCUUAAAGAUGGAAUCCUGGAUGGACAAUGUUAAUUCGAAUCAACGCUUAUCGGAUGAGAUUUUCGAAUCUUCUUACUUCGAUCGAGAAAACUUACGGCUUGGAACAAAUUGCGAAACGUUCUGGAAUCACAAGUACUGGAACAGAUCUUCCAGUUCCUCGAGCAUUGUUAGCACCUCAAGAGAAAUGGGUCAACUUCUUGCUCCGUAUAAUGCCACUGGCAGUUACUCACAGAACACGGAUGCCAGUCAGAAUUAUCGUCUUUACAGGUGGGGUCAAUAUUAUCAACGAAGCGAUCGAGACGACUCUAUGGGUGAUCCCUCUCGAGAUUUUUUUGGCGAGAAACACACCGACAGUCAAGUGACUACCACGGCCACGGUCAUUCGUACGGGUGAAAUUUUACACUUUCAAAGUAAUUUACAGAAUAACCUUGUCGACUCUGAACGACGAGACACAAAGUUUCAAACUUGGCCGACGGCUCAAUCUCAACUCGAUCUUCCUAACUUUUCUUGCGAGGAAGAACCGUCUUCGGUUGAUCACGAAAAGAUAAGAAAAUUAAAUAACAAUACAGUCGAUAAACCGCGUAAAGAAAGGACUGCCUUCACGAAGCAACAGGUCCGUCAUUUGGAAUGCGAAUUUGCGCACAGCAAUUAUCUGACGCGUUUGCGCCGAUACGAGAUCGCUGUUGCGUUGGAUUUAACCGAACGUCAAGUCAAAGUAUGGUUUCAAAAUAGACGCAUGAAGUGGAAGAGAACUAAAGGAAAUACAGCCAAUCUACGAGAACGAAAUGCUGUAUCUUAAUACACUUGAUAUUCGAACAUAAACAUAAACAUAU